GGAAGCUGAAACAGACCCAUCAUGAGGAAACCGGCAGGGAGACAUAACAGCAGCAGAAUCCAGGACUUUCAUAAAGAGGAUUUUCACUUUAAUGACUGUCUGAUGAAGGAGAUACAUUGCUUCAAGAUAUUAUGGACAUAAAUGUAAGUUUACUAUUUAAAAACUACUCUUUAAUACUGCUGCUGGUUACAAAAAUGAGGAAAGCACUCAGUAAAAGUGAAAAAAAAAAACACAUUAGAAAAUUUAAAACCACUGUUAAGGUUUCUGAUUUUAACUUAAUGCAAUUUUCUGCUGUUGAACUUGUGUUGCUUCAUGUUGCAAGGGUGGAGAGUAUGCAAAAAAAUACCAGGCUGAGGUCUAUAUUUAUUCAGAAAAUAACAGAAGUGAUAGGAUUUUGGUAGAGUUUAACAUCUUUUGUUGGUGUAAAAUAGCUUAGCUGUUUUUUUGUUGUUGGUGAUGCCACAAAUCAAAAAGUCCUGACACCACAUUGUGAGGUUAUACCUCUUUUUUGCAUCAGUAAGCUUUAAAAGAGAAGAGCUUUACUCAGCAGACUGCUUCCUCUCUGUCAGAAAAUGUUACACUGACAGAACUAGCUUUUGUUUCAAUGUGCAUCCACUUCAUGCAUGGGGCUCAUGUAGAUACUUUUUCCUGUUUCUGUUUGGUGACACAUGCAGCUUCACAUGAUGUGACCCCACAGUGAGGCUCAGACAAUGAAUGCCUCCUUCUGCUGUGAUCCUCCUGUCGUCAUGUAUCAGCUCAGCUCAGGGUCUGACCUCGAUGCCAGCUGUGACCAGCUGCCUCCUCACUGUAACUGGACAUCAGUGGACAGAGCGCUACAGCUACCGACCUUCUCCACAGCAGCCAAAAUCAGAGUCAUCAUCACCUUCAUCCUCUGUGGGGUCUCCACUUUUUGUAACCUGGCUGUGCUGUGGGCAGUAAGUGGCAACAAACGCAAAUCCCAUGUUCAAGUUCUGAUAAUCAACCUGACUGCAGCUGAUCUCUUGGUCACCUUCAUCGUGAUGCCUGUGGAUGCCGUGUGGAACAUCACAGUGCAGUGGCUGGCAGGCGACCUGGCCUGUAGGUUACUGAUGUUCCUCAAACUGCAGGCCAUGUACUCCUGCGCCUUCAUCACUGUGGUGAUCAGCCUUGACAGACAGUCUGCGAUUCUCAAUCCUCUUGCCAUCAACAUGGCUCGCCACAAGAACAGGAUCAUGCUGAUGGUGGCGUGGACGAUGAGCGCUUUGUUUUCAAUUCCUCAGGUAAGGUCAGUUGUCACUGUUUCUGCAAAACAUGUUAUGACAGAUGGUGUGGUUGGAUGAAGAGAUAAAAAUCAAUUAAAGUUAUUCACAUAAAGACAUCUCUACUAUAUAAUCCUUAAGCUAAUAUGGUCAACUGGCUGUUUGCAUUUAGACUUGGCAAAACAGGAUUUAUACAUAUGGCACAUGGGCACAGUCUGUCUUAUCUCCCUUUAGCAGAACCAGCUUUUAUGUGGCUGGGUAAAAAUGCUGCAUCUAAGCCUCAGAGCAGUAUUAGACUGUAUGAAAACACAAAUGACAGAGGGCAUUAAAAUUCAGCUUUACAUCUGCUAGAAAUACAUUUUUUCAUUUUCAUCUGCUUCUUCAAUAAGGUUGUAAAUCACGAUAUAUAUACAUACAUAAAUUGUAUAAAAUCUCUGGGGGCUCUGCAGCAGGAAUACUGGCUGCAUGAUUUGGGGGGGACACAAGGUGGUGGGAAAGGAUUAACCCUCUAUUAAAAUACACACAUAUUAGAAUCCAUAAUCCUAGUAGAACCUAUAAAUGCCUCAAUGAAAACGGAGAUGCAUAUGACAGCUCAGCAGGGUUGAUCAUGUUAUGACUCCAAAAGGCAUGAGUGUUGAGGUGUAAUGUAGUGUUGAAAUGGUCAAUAUUAAAGGAUUUUUCAAAAAAAAUGAAUGUGUGCUCUUAUGGCAAGACUAGGAAAUGAUCAGAAGAAGUUUUUUAGGUUUGAUUUCCAGAGGCAGGUUCAGUAUUUGAGCUAUAAUGCUAAUGAUCAAUUACUUGUUUAACAAACAUAUCAAUCUCCAAUUAUUUCUCUGAUGCCCUUUUGACCUAAUUGUUUCAGUCAAAUAAUUCAAGUUGGUGUAUUUGCUAACCCCCCCUACACCUGUACGCACUUCAUCUGUAAGAAAAUGUACUGAGUAAUUUUGACUUUUUAUUCACCAUUCAGACCUAACAGAUAUUACAGAAAACAAAUGAUAGCACAAAUAAUAUGGAAUUAUUGCUGAACUCAGUAUUUUCAAGGUGCUUCUUCAUGAUCUACCUACAGCUCCUCGAAUGUUGUUAUUUUAGAGUAAAAAGCUAACAUGCCAUAUUUUAGCCCCCCUUACUGCUCUGUACUAGUUUUCAGAUGGUUGGCUAUCUUGUUUCAUCUCAUCCAAUGUAAAGAUGAAUAAAAGCGGAGCUCAUAGAGACAUUGCACCAUAUUCUGAGCUAAGAAACACAUUAGGUAGCCCACUAGCUACACUAAUAUAGCAGUCAAUGUUAGCAUCUACCCUUUAGCUAGAAAAUAAAUGAUCACAUAACUUCAAGUCUCAAACAGCUUUAGCAUUUCAGUACUUUUCUCAGUUUGAACUCCCAACCUCACAGCAGAUGGAAAUGGCAGCAAUGUGAGAUUGGUCAAUCAUGUCUAUCAAGUUUUUAGCAGCUGUUUACAUCAGAUUAAUAAAAAUUGAGGCAGAACAACAUACCAGAGCUCUUUGACAUCUUAAAAGGCAGAUUUGAUUUUAAUCAAGGCAAAAAGUCUCUGCGCUCUCAUCUCCAGUCAGUUGAAAUAACCCUCCAGCAUAGCUAAUGAAGCUAACAUUUGCUGCUGGAGUUUGUUGAAAAAGCUUCCCUAGGCCGACUUUUAAAUGUUUCCAGUUGGCUUGUUUUAAAAUAUGGUUCAAGAAUGUUUUAAUUUGUCAUUUUUUUUAUAUCAAAUGCAGCAAAUAAGUACAAAGUGGAUAGCUGGAAGUUAAAAAUGCACUGGAGGAAAAAAAAAUCUUCUCUGUGGGAUGAUUAAGGCAAAAAACAGCAUUGGGGUUGCAGUUACAUCCUGAUAACACAGGAAUCUUGACAAGUAAUAGAUCUAAAAAUCAAAGCAACAGACUAAAUCUUUAAGGAAGAAUUGCAGUUAGCUGCUAUGGACUGUAAGCUUCCAAGUGAAACCUGAGUGGCAGCAAGUCUGUUUUAAAUGAAUUCAGCAAAAAUAACAAUAGCACCACAUAUGCAUAAUCUCCAACUCCACCAUGAUCCACACACAUUCAGUUGCUAUUGUUGAAAUACACAGAGAUUCUGAGAAAGUGUAACACCUGUAACGUAAAGCCCACAUGAAUUUCUACGAAAGGCUGAAAUAAUUGUAAAGCAACUUCAGUCCAGGCUUUGCAUAAUCCAGUGCAUUGAAUAUUGAGCUGAGUGAAUGAUGUAAGCAUAAUUUGUGAAUAUAUAUAUAUAUAUAUAUAUAUAUAUAUGUAUAUGUGUGUGUUUGUGUGUGUGUGUGUGUGUGUGUGUAAACAUGAGUGCGAUACCAUUGAAAGCCAAAACGGCUGAGACGUCGCCCAGGUUAACAAGGUCUGCAUCACAUGCUGAGGAACCAGAGCAUUGUUAUGACAAAUGGGCUACUGGACCAACAAAGAGAAGGCAAUGAACAUGAGAUGAGAACAAGGCUCUGUUAGAAUGCUACUACUCCAGUAACCCUAACCAGCUGGGUUACAUGAACAGGCUGAGGGAUAUACUGUUGCUUCGAUACCCACAGUCAAUGCUAACACCGAAACAGCUAGUAGCUCAGUGUUCCAACAUCCACUAAUGGCAGCUGCUAUCACAACUAGAGAUUGAGGAUAUACAACACACAAAUGCUACGGCAAGGGGGAGCCAGGACGCCAGGUCAGAUGGGGGAGUUAACACGGAGAGAAGUCAGAACUCCAGAAUGGUGCAUCCAGAAAAGAGGUACCUAAGAGGUACAGACAGAUGCCCAUACCUGAGGCAUUGGAAACUGCCAAACAAAGACUCCAAGCCUUGGCCACCUGACUGAAGAGGUACACAAGAGAGACAGAGGCCAAGCAAAUAAACCAGUUGUUCCCCACUGAACCAGCCAAAGUGUACCCUCAGUGGCAGGGUAAUAACACUUGAGCAAACCCACCAAGGCUGGAACAAUACUGGAAAGGCAUAUGGGAGAAAGAAGCAUCACAUAACAACAAUGCACAGUGGCUAACCAUUCUGAGAGCAGACCACAUCAAUCUCCCUGAACAACAUGCCAUGACCAUCACAGUAGUAGACAUCCAAGAAAAGGUCUCAGGUAUGAAGAACUGGACAGCACCAGGCCUGGAUAUGAUUCACACCUACUGGCUAAAGAGGCUGACAUCAUUCCAUGACCGCCUGGCAGCACAAAUGAACCAACUGCUGAGAGAUGGGACCCACCCAGAAUGGCUGACCCAAGGCAGGACAAUCCUGAUCCACAAAGAUCCACAGGAGGAAACAGUCCCAUCCAACUAUUGGCCUAUCACCUGCCUCUCCACUACAUGGAAACUCCUGUCAGGCAUCAUUGCGGCUAAGAUAAGUGGGCACAUGGAUCAUUACAUGACAGAGACACAGAAAGGCAGUGGUAACAACACCAGAGAAGCAAAACACCAGCUACUGGUAGACAGGACAGUCACUCGAGACUGUAGAACCAGACAGACCAAUCUGUGCACUGCCUGGAUUGAUUACAAGAAAGCCUAAACCUGAUGCCACACACAGCCUGAAGCUGUACAAGGUCAGCAAGACUCUAAGGGCCUUCAUUGCAAACUCAAUAAGGCAAUAAGGCAAGUCUCCAUCAAAUCUGGUAUAAAUCAAGGAGAUGCUCUGUCCCUGCUGCUGUUCUGCAUAGGCUUGAAUCCCCUCAGCCAAUAAUUAACAAGACUGGCUACGGAUACCAACUCUGAAAUGGGGUCCCCAUCAGCCACCGCCUCUACAUGGAUGACAUCAAGCUGUAUGCUAAGAGCGAGACAUCAACUCACUGAUCCACACCACCAGGAUCUACAGCGGUAACAUCGGAAUGUCGUUCCGACUGGAGAAGUGUGGCCAUAUAGUGACAAACAGAGGAAAGGUAAUCCAUUCAGAGGGAACUACACUCCCAGAGGGCAGAAUAGCGGCUGUGGAGGAGAGCUACAAAUACCUUGGCAUACCACAGGCAAAUGGCAACCGUGACGAAGCCACAAGGAAUGCAGCAACGGCCAGGUACCUGAAGCGAGUAAGGCAGGUCCUAAAGAGUCAGCUCAAUGGCAGAAACAAAGUUCAGGCAAUUAAUAGCUAUGGCCUGCCAGUGAUCAGAUACCCUGCUGGAAUAAUAAGCUGGCCAAAGGAGGAAAUUCAGGCCACAGAUGUUAAAACUCAGAAUUUGCUCACCCUGCACGGGGGGUUCCACCCCAAGUCCAGUAUCCAGAGGCAAUACACUAAGUGCAAAGAAGGAGGCAGAGGAUUAGUGAGCAUCAGAGCCACUUUCCAAGAUGAAACAUCCAAGCUCCAUGACUGUGUCAGGAAGAUGGCCCACAGAGAUGGAGCGCUUAGUAAGUGUCUCAGACAAUUGAAACUGACAGGUAAGGAGGAACCGGAGGAACUGUCGUGGGAGGAAAAACCUCUGCAUGGGAUGUACUACUGACAGAUAGCUGAAGUGGCUGAUAUGAGCAAAUCCUACCAGUGGCUGGAGAGGGCUGGACUGAAGGACAGCACAGAGGCAGUCAUCAUGGUGGCACAAGGACAGGCCUUGAGCACCAGAGCAAUAGAGGCCCAGAUCUAUCAUACCAGGCAAGAUCCCAGGUGCAGGCUGUGCAAAGAGGGCCCUGAAACAGUCCAACACCUAACAGCAGGAUGUAAGAUGCUGGCAGGAAGAGCAUACAUGGAACGCCAUAACCAAGUAGCUGGUAUAGUGUACAGGAACAUGUGUGCAGAAUAUGGACUGGAAACCCUGAGGUCAAAAUGGGAAGCACUUCCCAAGGUGAUGGAGAAUGACUGAGCCAAGAUCCUGUGGGACUUCCAGAUACAGACCGACAAAAUGGUAAUGGCCAACCAACUGGACAUUGUAAUCGUAGACAAACAGCAGAGGAAAGUCGUUGUGGUAGAUGUCGCCAUCUGAAGUGAUACCAACAUCAAAAAGAAGGAACACAAGAAACUAAAGAAGUACCAAGGGCUGAAAGAGGAGCUAAAGAAAGCCUGAAAGGUGAAAGGCAACAGUAGUGCCUGUGGUCAUCGGGGCACUCGGGGCUGUAACAGCCACACUGGAGAAGUGGCUCCAACAGAUCCCUGGGGAAACAUCAGACAUCUCACUCCAGAGGAGUGCUGUCCUAGGAACAGCAAGGAUACUGCGCAGGACCCUCAAGCUCCCAGGCCUCUGGUAGAGGACCCGAGCUUAAAGAGACACAAGAAGAGUUUUAGUAUAUAUAUAUACAUAUAUAUAUAUAUAUAUAUAUAUAUAUAUAUAUAUAUACAUAUAUACAGUGCAUCCAGAAAGUAUUCAUACCACUUGACUUUUUUCACAUUUUAUGUUACAGCCGUAUUCCAAAAUGGAUUAAAUUCCCUUUUUCCCUCAAAAAUUCUACACAAAAUACCCCAUAAUGACAUAGCGAAAAACUUUUUGGUAGAACAUUUUGCAAAUUUGUUCAAAAUAAGAACACUCAAAUGUUGCAUAUACAUAAGUAUCCACACCCUUUACUCAAUACUUGGUCGAAGCACCUUUGGCAGCGAAUACAGCCUCCAGUCUUCUUGUGUAUGAUGCAACAAGCUUAGCACACCUGGAUUUGGAGAGUUUUUCCCAUUCUUCCUUGCACAUCCUCUCAAGCUCAGUGAGGUUGGUUGGGCAGCGUCAGUGCACAGCUAUUUUCAGGUCUUUCCAAAGAUGUUCAAUUGGGUUCAAGUCUGGGCUCUGGCUGGGCCACUCAAGGACAUUCAGAGAAUUGUCCUGAAGCCGCUCCUUUGUCUUCUUGGCCGUGUGCUUAGGGUCAUUGUCAUGCUGGAAGAUGAAGUGUCGCCCCAGUUGAAGGUCUCGAGCGCUCUGGAGCAGGUUUUCAUCAAGGAUUUUGAUGUACUUAGCUGCAUUCAUUUUUCCCUCGAUCCUGACAAGUCUCCCAGUUCCUGCCACUGAAAAACAUCCCCACAGCGUGAAGCUGCCACCACCAUGCUUCACUGUAAGGAUGGUAUUGGCGAGGUGGUGAGCGGUGCCUGGUUUCCUCUAGACAUGGCGCUUGGCAUUCAGGCCAAAGAGUUCGAUCUUUGUUUCAUCAGACCAGAGAAUUUUGUUUCUCCUGGUCUGUGAGUCCUUCAGGUGCCUUCUAGCAAAGUCCAAGCGGGCUGUCAUGUGCUUUUUACUGAGGAGUGGCUUCUGUCUGGCCACUCUACCAUAAAUGCCUGACUGGUGGAGUGCUGCAGAGAUGGUGGUCCUUCUGUAGGGUUCUCCCAUCUCCUCAGAGGAACGCUGGAGCUCUGUCAGAGUGACCAUCAGGUUCUUGGUCACCUCCCUGACCAAGGCCCUUCUCCCCCGCUUGCUCAUUUUGGCCAGCUCUAGGAAGAGUCCUGGUGGUUCCAAAUGUCUUCCAUUUCUUAAUGAUGGAGACCACUGUGCUUUUUGGGAUCUUCAAUGCAGCAGAGAUUUUUCUGUAACCUUCCCCAGAUCUGUGCGCCGAUACAACCCUGUUUCGGAGGUCUACAGACAAUUCUUUCGACUUCAUGGCUUGGUUUGUGCUCUGACGUGCUCUGUCAGCUGUGGGAUCUUGUAUAGACAGGUGUGGCUUUCCAAAUCAUGUCCAAUCAGCUGAAUUUGCUACAGGUGGACUGCAAUCAAGUUGGAGGAACAUUUCAAGGCUGAUCAGUGGAAACAAGAUGCACCUGAGCUCAAUUUUAAGUUUUGAAGCAAAGGGUGUGAAUACUUAUGUAUAUGCAACAUUUGCGUGUCUUAUUUUUAAUAAAUUUGCAAAAUGUUCUAAAAAAAAAAAAAAAAGUUUUUCACUUUGUCAUUAUGGGAUAUUUUGUGUAGAAUUUUUGAGGGGAAAAAAAGGAAUUUAAUCCAUUUUGGAAUAAGCCUGUAACAUAACAAAAUGUGGGAAAAGUGAAGUGGUAUGAAUACUUUCCGGAUGCACUGUAUGUAUAUAUAUAUAUAUAUAUAUAUAUAUAUAUAAAACGAGUAUGGGCUACUGUUGCGCCAUGAUGAUGUACGAUGUUGUUUUCAAUCCAGUCUGGGUAGUUAUCAUUUACAUGUGCUGUUAAAGAAAAACAUUCAUUUUAAUCAUCGUAUCUAGUAGGCUAUCAUGGUAUCAUGGUAUCAUGGUAUCAUAAUCAUGCUGCAUUCAGGAUACUCUGUCAUUUCAUUGAACCUACAAGACCCACAUGCUUAACCUCCUCCCUUCUACCAAAUAAACAGGCUUAUGAAAAUACUGCUGCCUCUAAUGCAUCGUUAACACUGUUUUAUUUUAAUCCCACAGAUGUUCAUUUUCCACAAUGUGACCAUCACCGACCCAGCAAACUUUACCCAGUGCACCACCAGGGGGAGCUUUGUAACACACUGGCAGGAAACAGCCUACAACAUGUUCACCUUCUCUUGCCUCUUCCUGUUGCCUCUUGUGAUAAUGAUCAUCUGCUACACCAGGAUCUUCAUCCAGAUGACAAAAAAAGGAAGUAAGUUCACCGCUGUGAGCUUAAAACUGAUCUAUUUAAAAUAAAUUAACAAGAAAGAGAGAAGAGAUAACGGAUUUACUGACAAAGGAAUCAUUUCUUUUAUUGGCCAGCAGGAGGUGACUCCACUGGUUGUGAAAUCAGUCUGAUGGCAGCAAUAACCCUAUUUCUCACAAAAUUCACAGUAGAGUCUAAAGGCAGCUUUCAUUUUUUGUUGUCGUUUUUAAUAGAAGCUGAAAAUAACAAGAUGUAACUUUUCACCUGCAUGUUUUCUGAACUAGAUCAUGUAACCCAAGCCCUCAUUGUGUACUGUUAUAUGGUUAUCUGGUGUCUGUUUUUUCUUUCCAAUUUGAUAGAUGUCUCUUUUUCUCAUUCCUUGCUAGUCUGCAUGCUAACUUGUCUUUUCCUCGGCAUUCUCCAAACUAAUUGACGGUAGUAUUAAAAAUGACCUCUGUUUCUUUUUUUUUUUUUUAUUGCAGACAUUUAACAAGACAUGCAAAAGAGUGAAGUGCAAUAUGAAUAAUAAUAGAAACAAGGAAUAACAAGAAAUUUAAAAAACAACACCAAUGAAGACAAUUACAAGAGACAAAAACAAAUCAAAAACAACAACAAAUGAUAAUGGUACAUCAGAAAAAAGGCAAGCAGAGCAAAAACACAUGUGAGACAAAUGAGGAGUAGGGAGUAUCAGUCACAACUGUUCAAAAUGUAUAGUAAGGAAUAUUGUCACUUGAUUGUGUGGAUAAGUACAAUCUAUGUGGUUUGGGAGCAGAUGUUAUGUAAAAUAAUAAUAAUAAUAAUAAUAAUAAUAAUAAUAAUAAUAACUAGGACCCCGUUGGGGCACUGGCGGGCCCGAGCUGUGUCGCGCCCCCCCCCCCCCCAACGCGCUGCCUCCCCGUCCCAUUUGUGUCCUCUGGCCAUCGCCCUCUCUGGUAACGCCCAUCACUGCAAAGACCCUUUUCCUUCAUCGGCGUUUGCUGUUCUUCCUGCCAGUGCGUGUUGCUUUCACUUACACUUGCCACAGCCAGCCUCGUGAGUGCCUAGCCUAUUGGAUAUUACUGUCACCUACACAGGACAGUCAUUACCUUUCUAUUAAUACUUUGUUUUUUAAUUUCACAUUAAUUUCCAUAUUGUAUAAACAACUGGAAAAAACUUGAGCCCCUGCCCCUGUAUAAUCAUGUGCACGUCUCUGUUCUAGCUCUAAGGUGAAUCUUCACUGCUCAUGUUCUCCUCAGAAGCAGUCACCUCACUCCCCUCAGGUUACUGUACACAUGCACCAACUGCCUGCUUCAGGUUUGGAUGGAGCUUCAUGGUUGUCUUUUGGAGAAAUGACCAGUCAAGUUGUGUUUGAAAUUUGAUUUUUUUCAGGGGCAAAAGGAGCCUCUGCAUUCUUGUCAAAUAUGUAAAUAGCAUGUUUUUGCAGGUGCUAAAAACCAGACUCUGAGUGUGUGUGUGUGCGUGUGUGUGUGUGUGUGCGUGUGUGUGUGUCUAUGUGUGCGUUCAAGUCACAUGACAUAUUUAACCGGAUGUAGCUGCAAGACGGAGCCUCGUUGACUCUCCGUUUCAACUUAUCUCAAAAGUGAGGACCUCAACCUAUAUACCAGUUUUUAAAUUGUGUUGAUAGGCCAAAUAAAACCAGAGUUAUGAUAAAUUAUGUCCGCGAUACUUUUUUUCUGCCUAUUUUGAUCACGUUCGGCGCUCGAUCGCGCUGUAUGAGACAGGAAAACAUAGCAUGCAGACAUUAGCGACAGGUCUUACAGGCGGAAAAGGCUUGCCAAAAGAAAAAAAAAACACACCACAACAUCUCUCCUAUUGGUGGAAAACUUCACCACAACAACCAAUCCAAAAUUAUAUGGUGACUGAUUGACAAGGGGCGGGCGCUUACGUUCUUCCUGCAACAUGAGAAGGGAGGGAGGGACUCUCAGCAGGGAUGCAGUCUGGGACACGUAGUUGCAAACCUAGCGACUUUGUUGUUAGAUUCAAUGACUUUUCAGACCCCCUAACGACUUUUUUUUAGAAAGAAAGGGACUUUUAUCGACUUCUUCUGGAGUUUAGAGACUCUGACAUGAAGCAGGCUUUCCUUACUGAGGAGUUAGCAACGCUGCUAAGGGUGCAGAGCCACACAUGCGCUCAGAGCUCUGCAUGGGAGACUGAAGCUGACAGAGCUGCAGCAGUUAGCAGGUUUCACCCUCAGAGACCACCAGGGGUUCAUGUUGAGGCAUUUUAAUUUUUUUUUUUUUUUGUGCCAUAGACACUGUCAGCACAAUCUGCAGUUACACUAACAAAAAUGCUGCAAAAAACAAAGAAUUAUGGAAAAAUUACACAUGGACUGACAUAGAGGAGGAUCUACACAAGUUUUUUACAUCAUGUUUUACAUCAUGCAUCAUUUACAUCAUGUUUUUUUGUAGUGGCAUAAAUAAAAAGUGACAUUUGUGAGACUAUACAGUGUUUUGUAAAUAAUUUUACAAAGAACGCCUGGGCCAUUGCCUGCAUUUUGAUGUAAAUAGAGGUAAAUUACUAUAUUCUUUGUUAAAAAGUUGCAUAUGUUUUGAAGUUUACAAUUUUUAUUUGAAGUUUAAGUUUUAAAAACAGUUCAUCACACAUAUUUGUGGUUUAAUUUCACAUUAAUUUCCAUAUUGUAUAAAUGACUGGAAAAAACUUGAGCCCCUGCCCCUGUAUAAUCAUGUGCACGUCCCUGUUCUAGCUCCAAGGUGAAUCUUCACUGCUCAUGUUCUCCUCAGAAAUAGUCACCUCACUCCCCUCAGGUUACUGUACACAUGCACCAACUAUCUGCUUCAGGUUUGAAAUGGAGCUUCAUGGUUGUCUUUUGGAGAAAUGAACAGUCAAGUUGUGUUUGAAAUUUGAUUUUUUUCAGGGGCAAAAGGAAGCCUCUGCAUUCUUGUCAAAUAUGUAAACAGCAUGUUUUUGCAGGUGCUAAAAAACAGACUCUGAGUAUGUGUGUGUGUCUGUGUGUGUGUGUGUGUGUGUGUGUGUGUGUGUGUGUGUGUGUGUUGGCGUGUGUGUAUAUGUGUGUGUAUCCUGCAGUACUCUGUACUCCUGCAGUGGCCAAAAAGACUUUUAAGAAUGUGGAUUUUUGGUUCAUCUUUGGCGCCCCCUAGAACUGCAGUACUCUGUACUCCUGCAGUGGCCAAAAUGACUUUUAAGAAUGUGGAUUUUUGGGUCAUCUUUGGCGCCCCCUAGAACGUAAACCGUGGGGUGCAGCAUCAUGAUUUUUACAACUUUGAAUGGGCAUGGGGUGUAGAUUGCCCUGAGCAAAUUUGGUAUCGGUGGGACGAAAGCCUUAGGAGGAGAUAGCCACAUUCCAAUGUGUGCGAAUCGGCAAAAAAUGCAAAAUAGCCCUUUAACCGUACAUUAUACAGAUACGCGCUCUUUGACUUUUUCGUAGAUCUAAUUGAGAUACACAUGAUUGUCAAUUUUUGUGUCAAUAUGACAAAGCGUUCAGGCGUGACACUCAACAAUGUGUAUUUUUAUGUAAGGGGACAAGAAAAAAUUGACUUUUUUCUCCUACCAUGGGGGGGCGCUCUUUUGGGGAGUAAAAAUUCCUUCACAAAUGUGUUGAUGGCUGGACAUUGCAUCAUCCUAGAAAACUUGGAGGCCAGUGAGGACAAAAAUAAAAAGUUAUAAGACUUUUAAAUAUGUGGAUUUUAGUGUUAUCUUUGGCGCCCCCUAGAACCUAAACCUUGGGGUGCAGCGUCAUGAUUUUGAUAACUUUUAAUGGCCACGGGGUGUAGAUUGGCCUGAGCAAAUGUGGUGCCGGUGGAACGAAAGCCUUCGGAGGAGUUAGCGAAAUUCCAAUGUGUGCAGAUCGGCAAAAAAUGCGAAAUAACCCUUUAACCGUAAUUUUGACAGAUACGGCCGCACUGACUUUUUUGUAGAUCUUAUUGAGAUACAUAUGUGUGUCAAUUUUUGUGUCAAUAUGACAAAGCGUACAGGCGUGACAGUCAAUAGUGUGAAUUUCCACCUUAGGGGGCGCUAUGGAGCCAUUUUGCAUUUUAUUGUUUGGGCGACUUCAGAAUAUCGAAUUUUUCACCAGGCCCGGUCGUCCUGCCAAAUUUCAUGAGUUUUCGCCAGUGGGAAGUGGGCCAUUUUCCAGUUCAAAGGGGAGGAAAAAGAAGAACUAGGGCCCCGUUGGGGCACUGGCGGGCCCGAGCCGCGUUGCGCCGCCCCCAGUGCGACCGCCUCCCCCUCCCGAUCGUGUCACACUCAAGGUCCAAAGAUGGUGUGCGCACUUGUCUGUGGUCAUUUACCAUUAUAAUGAAUGGGAGGCGCAGUUUCUACCAAAACGCUCGCUGCAGACAAACUCCAUGUCCUUUUUGAAAAAAGUCUGGACCAUGAGUGAGGGCACAAACACAGCUAGUAUAUAUCCAAAUGGCAAGUUGCUCCUCCUUUCGGUUUUGCCGAGAGAGCGAUGCGUUUGAGCCAUUGAGCGAUGGGCAGGAAAAACUUGACUUUUUCUCCUGCCAUGGGGGGGCGCUCUUUUGGGGAGUAAAAAUUCCUUCACAAAUGUGUUGAUGGCUGGACAUUGCAUCAUCCUAGAGAACUUGGAGGCCAGUGAGGACAAAAAUAAAAAGUUAUAAGACUUUUAAGACUGUGGAUUUUUGGGUUAUCUUUGGCGCCCCCUAGAACCUAAACCGUGGGGUGCAGCGUCAUGAUUUGUACAACUUUGAAUGGACAUGGGGUGUAGAUUGACCUGAGCAAAUUUGAAGCCGAUGGGACAAAAGCUUUAGGAGGAGUUAGCCACAUUCCAAUGUGUGCGAAUCGGCAAAAAAUGCGAAAUAGCCCUUUAACCGUACAUUGAACAGAUACGCUCGCAUUGACUUUUUCGUAGAUCUUAUUGAGAUACAUGUGUGUGUCAAAUUUUGUGUCAUUUUGACAAAGCGUAAAGGCGUGACAGUCAACAAUGUGUAUUUUCGCCUUAGGAGACAAGAAAAAAUGGACUUUUUUCUCCUGCCAUGGGGGGGCGCUCUUUUGGCGAGUAAAAAUUCCUUCACAAAUGUGUUGAUGGCUGGACAUUGCAUCAUCCUAGAGAACUUGGAGGCCAGUGAGGACAAAAAUAAAAAGUUAUAAGACUUUUAAAACUGUGGAUAUUUGGGUUAUCUUUGGCGCCCCCUAGAACGUAAACCGUGGGGUGCAGCAUCAUGAUUUGUACAACUUUUAAUGGCCAUGGGGUGUAGAUUGGCCUGAGCAAAUUUGGUGCCGGUGGAACGAAAGCCUUCGGAGGAGUUAGCGAAAUUCCAAUGUGUGCGGAUCGGCAAAAAAUGCGAAAUAACCCUUUAACCGUACAUUUGACAGAUGCGCCCGCACUGACUUUUUUGUAGAUCUUAUUGAGAUACAUGUGUGUGUCAAAUUUUGUGUCAUUUUGACAAAGCGUAAAGGUGUGACAGUCAAUAGUGUGAAUUUUCGCCUUAGGAGACAAGAAAAAAUGGACUUUUUUCUCCUGCCAUGGGGGGGCGCUCUUUUGGCGAGUAAAAAUUCCUUCACAAAUGUGUUGAUGGCUGGACAUUGCAUCAUCCUAGAAAACUUGGAGGCCAGUGAGGACAGAAAUAAAAAGUUAAGACUUGUAAGAAUGUGGAUUUUUGGGUUAUCUUUGGCGCCCCCUACAACGUAAACCGUGGGGUGCAGCGUAAUGAUUUGUACAACUUUGAAUGGCCAUGGGGUGUAGAUUGGCCUGAGCAAAUUUGGUGCCGGUGGAACCAAAGCUUUAGGAGGAGUUAGCCACAUUCCAAUGUGUGUGAAUCAACCAAAAAUGCGAAAUAGCCCUUUAACCGUACAUUUUGCAGACACGUGCGCAUUGACUUUUUCGUAGAUCUUAUUGAGAUACACGUGAUUAUCAAAUUUUGUUUCAAUAUGACAAAGCGUACAGGCAUGACACUCAACAAUGUGUAUUUUCACCUUAUAGGACAAGAAAAAAUGGCCUUUUUUCUCCUGCCAUGGGGGGGCGCUCUUUUGGGGAGUAAAAAUUCCUUCACAAAUGUGUUGAUGGCUGGACAUUGCAUCAUCCUAGAAAACUUGGAGGCCAGUGAGGACAGAAAUAAAAAGUUAUAAGACUUGUAAGAAUGUGGAUUUUUGGGUUAUCUUUGGCGCCCCCUACAACGUAAACCGUGGGGUGCAGCGUCAUGAUUUGUACAACUUUGAAUGGCCAUGGGGUGUAGAUUGGCCUGAGCAAAUUUGGUGCCGGUGGAACGAAAGCCUUCGGAGGAGUUAGCGAAAUUCCAAUGUGUGCGGAUCGGCAAAAAAUGCGAAAUAGCCCUUUAAACGUACAUUUGACAGAUACGCCCGCACUGACUUUUUUGUAGAUCUUAUUGAGAUACACGUGUGUGUCAAAUUUUGCGUCAUUUUGACAAAGCGUACAGGCGUGACACUCAAUCAUGUGAAUUUUUCACCUUAGGGGGCGCUAUGGAGCCAUUUUGCAUUUGAUUGUUUGGGUGACUUCAGAAUAUCGAAUUUUUCACCAGGCCCAGUCGUCCUGCCAAAUUUCAUGAGUUUUCACCAGUGGGAAGUGGGCCAUUUUCCAGUUCAAAGGGGCAGAAAAAUAAUAAUAAGAAGAAGAAGAACUAGGGCCCCGUUGGGGCACUGGCGGGCCCGAGCCGUGUCGCGCCACCCCCAGCGCGACCGCCUAUCCUUCCCGAUUGCGUCACACUAAAGGUCCAAAGAUGGUGUGCGCACUUGUCUGUGGUCAUUUACCAUUAUAAUGAAUGGGAGGCGCAGUUUCUACCAAAACGCUCGCUGCAGACAAACUCCAUGUCCUUUUUGAAAAAAGUCUGGACCAUGAGUGAGGGCACAAACACAGCUAGUAUAUAUCCAAAUGGCAAGUUGCUCCUCCUUUCGGUUUUGCAGAGAGAGCGAUGCGUUUGAGCCAUUGAGCGAUGGGCAGGAAAAACUUGACUUUUUCUCCUGCCAUGGGGGGGCGCUCUUUUGGGGAGUAAAAAUUCCUUCACAAAUGUGUUGAUGGCUGGACAUUGCAUCAUCCUAGAGAACUUGGAGGCCAGUGAGGACAAAAAUAAAAAGUUAUAAGACUUUUAAAAAUGUGGAUUUUUGGGUUAUCUUUGGCGCCCCCUAGAACGUAAACCGUGGGGUGCAGCGUCAUGAUUUGUACAACUUUGAAUGGACAUGGGGUGUAGAUUGACCUGAGCAAAUUUGAAGCCGAUGGGACAAAAGCUUUAGGAGGAGUUAGCCACAUUCCAAUGUGUGCGAAUCGGCAAAAAAUGCGAAAUAGCCCUUUAACCGUACAUUGAACAGAUACGCUCGCAUUGACUUUUUCGUAGAUCUUAUUGAGAUACAUGUGUGUGUCAAAUUUUGUGUCAUUUUGACAAAGCGUAAAGGCGUGACAGUCAACAAUGUGUAUUUUCGCCUUAGGAGACAAGAAAAAAUGGACUUUUUUCUCCUGCCAUGGGGGGGCGCUCUUUUGGCGAGUAAAAAUUCCUUCACAAAUGUGUUGAUGGCUGGACAUUGCAUCAUCCUAGAGAACUUGGAGGCCAGUGAGGACAAAAAUAAAAAGUUAUAAGACUUUUAAGACUGUGGAUAUUUGGGUUAUCUUUGGCGCCCCCUAGAACGUAAACCGUGGGGUGCAGCAUCAUGAUUUGUACAACUUUUAAUGGCCAUGGGGUGUAGAUUGGCCUGAGCAAAUGUGGUGCCGGUGGAACGAAAGCCUUCGGAGGAGUUAGCGAAAUUCCAAUGUGUGCGGAUCGGCAAAAAAUGCGAAAUAACCCUUUAACCGUACAUUUGACAGAUACGCCCGCACUGACUUUUUUGUAGAUCUUAUUGAGAUACAUGUGUGUGUCAAAUUUUGUGUCAUUUUGACAACGGUAAAGGUGUGACAGUCAAUAGUGUGAAUUUUCGCCUUAGGAGACAAGAAAAAAUGGACUUUUUUCUCCUGCCAUGGGGGGGCGCUCUUUUGGCGAGUAAAAAUUCCUUCACAAAUGUGUUGAUGGCUGGACAUUGCAUCAUCCUAGAAAACUUGGAGGCCAGUGAGGACAGAAAUAAAAAGUUAAGACUUGUAAGAAUGUGGAUUUUUGGGUUAUCUUUGGCGCCCCCUAGAACGUAAACCGUGGGGUGCAGCGUCAUGAUUUGUACAACUUUGAAUGGCCAUGGGGUGUAGAUUGGCCUGAGCAAAUUUGGUGCCGGUGGAACGAAAGCUUUAGGAGGAGUUAGCCACAUUCCAAUGUGUGCGAAUCAACCAAAAAUGCGAAAUAGCCCUUUAACCGUACAUUUUGCAGACACGUGCGCAUUGACUUUUUCGUAGAUCUUAUUGAGAUACACGUGAUUAUCAAAUUUUGUUUCAAUAUGACAAAGCGUACAGGCGUGACACUCAACAAUGUGUAUUUUCACCUUAUAGGACAAGAAAAAAUGGCCUUUUUUCUCCUGCCAUGGGGGGGCGCUCUUUUGGGGAGUAAAAAUUCCUUCACAAAUGUGUUGAUGGCUGGACAUUGCAUCAUCCUAGAAAACUUGGAGGCCAGUGAGGACAGAAAUAAAAAGUUAUAAGACUUGUAAGAAUGUGGAUUUUUGGGUUAUCUUUGGCGCCCCCUACAACGUAAACCGUGGGGUGCAGCGUCAUGAUUUGUACAACUUUGAAUGGCCAUGGGGUGUAGAUUGGCCUGAGCAAAUUUGGUGCCGGUGGAACGAAAGCCUUCGGAGGAGUUAGCGAAAUUCCAAUGCGUGCGGAUCGGCAAAAAAUGCGAAAUAGCCCUUUAAACGUACAUUUGACAGAUACGCCCGCACUGACUUUUUUGUAGAUCUUAUUGAGAUACACGUGUGUGUCAAAUUUUGUGUCAUUUUGACAAAGCGUACAGGCGUGACACUCAAUCAUGUGAAUUUUUCACCUUAGGGGGCGCUAUGGAGCCAUUUUGCAUUUGAUUGUUUGGGUGACUUCAGAAUAUCGAAUUUUUCACCAGGCCCAGUCGUCCUGCCAAAUUUCAUGAGUUUUCACCAGUGGGAAGUGGGCCAUUUUCCAGUUCAAAGGGGCAGAAAAAUAAUAAGAAGACUAGGGCCCCGUUGGGGCACUGGCGGGCCCGAGCCGUGUCACGCCCCCCCCCCCCCCCCCCAACGCGCUGCCUCCCCGUCCCAUUCGCGUCCUCUGGCCAUCGCCCUCUCUGGUAACGCCCAUCACUGCAAGGACCCUUUUCCUUCAUCGGCGUUUGCUGUUCUUCCUGCCAGUGCGUGUUGCUUUCACUUACACUUGCCACAGCCAGCCUCGUGAGUGCCUAGCCUAUUGGAUAUCACUGUCAUCUAAACAGGACAGUCAUUACCUUUCUAUUAAUACUUUGUUUUUUAAUUUCACAUUAAUUUCCAUUUUGUAUAAAGAACUGGAAAAGACUUGAGCCCCUGCCCCUCUAUAAUCAUGUGCACGUCCCUGUUCUGGCUCUAAGGUGAAUCUUCACUGCUCAUGUUCUCCUCAGAAGCAGUCACCUCACUCCCCUCAGGUUACUGUACACAUGCAGCAACUGCAUGCUUCAGGUUUAGAUAGCGCUUCAUGGUUGUCUUUUGGAGAAAUGACCAGCCAAUUUGCGUUUGACAUUUGAUUUUUUCAGGGGCAAGCCUCUGCAUUCCUGUCUAAUAUGUAAAUAGCAUGUUUUUGCAGGUGCUAAAAAACAGACUCUGUGUGUGUGUGUGUGUGUGUGUGUGUGUGUCUGUGUGUGUGUAUCCUAAACACUAAACACUUCCACUACACAAUUAACCCUUUCACGUAUAACGGUCACUGCAGUGGACAAAUCUUCACAGGACAUUUUCUAUUAUAAAAAUAGGGGUUUGAUUUUACAAAUACAUGUUAGCAACAACAAUAGACCCUGGAAAAUGAGUCCAACACUGGCACCCUGUGGCCAUGUGAUGCAACUGCAGAAAACACACGUCAACAUUUAAGGUGGCUGCCUCUGCUGAAAAAGACAAAUGUAUGAUGUCACUAAAAAUCAUUGUCACUAAAAAUGAUUAUAUUAUUACACACAUGCACACUCUUUGAUGAUCUGUGAAGCAGCUCUGAAGAGACAGUAGGAGCAGCAGAACAAAGUGUAUUUGUAGAAAAGCCGUAAGAGCUAUUGAAACGCUGUUUUUGCAGGUUGAAAGGUUCACGUCUCCACCAAAGGUCAGAGGUCAAAUAACAUUUGAAUGUCAUACUGUGACGUCACAGUCGAGGUCCAAAGAUAGUGUGCACACCUGUCUUUGGUCAUUUCCCAUUAUAAUGAAUGGGAGGCGCAGUUUCUACCGAAACGCUGGCUGCAGACAAACUACAUGUCCUAUUUGAAAAAAGUCUGGACCACGAGUGAGGGCACAAACACAGCUAGGAAAUAUCCAAAUGGCAAAUUGCUUCUCCUUUCGCUUUUGCCGAGAGAGCGAUGUGUUUGAGCCAUUGAACGAUGAACAGGAAAAACUUGACUUUAUUCUCCUGCCAUGGGGGGGGGGGGGGGGGGGCGCUCUUUUAACGAGAAAAAAGUCCUUCACAAAUGUGUUGAUGGCUGGACAUUGCAUCAUCCUAGAAAACUUGGAGGCUAGUGAGGACAAAAAUAAAAUGUUUUAACACUUUAAAGAAUAUGGAUAUUUGGGUCAUCUUUGGCGCCCCCUAAAACGUAAACCGUGGGGUGCAGCGUCAUGAUUUUUACAACUUUGAAUGGCCAUGGGGUAUAGAUUGGCCUGACAAAAAUUUGGUGUCAGUGGGACGAAAGCCUUAGGAGGAGUUAGCUACAUUCCGAUGCGUGCGAAUCGGCAAAAAAAUGCGAAAUAGCCCUUUAACCGUACAUUUUACAGAUACGUGCCCAUUAACUUUUUCGUAGAUCUUAUUGAGAUACACGUGUGUGUCAAAUUUUGUGUCAUUUUGACAAAGCAUACAGGCGUGAAUCUCAACAAUGUGUAUUUUCACCUUAGGGGACAAGAAAAAAUUGAUUUUUUGUCCUGCCAUGGGGGGGCGCUCUUUUGGGGAGUAAAAAUUCCUUUACAAAUGUGUUGAUGGCUGGACAUUGCAUCAUCCUAGAAAACUUGGAGGCCAGUGAGGACAAAAAAAAAAAGUUAUAAAACUUUUAAGAAUGUGGAUUUUUGGGUUAUUUUUGGCGCCCCCUAGAACCUAAACCAUGGAGUGCAGCAUCAUGAUUUGUACAACUUUGAAUGGCCAUGGAGUGUAGAUUGGCCUGAGCAAAUGUGGUGCCGGUGGAACGAAAGCCUUCGGAGGAGUUAGCGAAAUUCCAAUGUGUGCGGAUCUGCAAAAAAUGCGAAAUAACCCUUUAACCGUACAUUUGACAGAUACGCCCGCACUGACUUUUUUGUAGAUCUUAUUGAGAUACAUGUGUGUGUCAAUUUUUGUGUCAAUAUGACAAAGCGUACAGGCGUGACAGUCAAUAGUGUGAAUUUUCGCCUUAGGGGGCGCUAUGGAGCCAUUUUGCAUUUUAUUGUUUGGGCGACUUCAGAAUAUCGAAUUUUUCACCAGGCCCGGUCGUCCUGCCAAAUUUCCUGAGUUUUCGCCAGUGGGAAGUGGGCCAUUUUCCCCUUCAAAGGGGAGGAAAAAUAAGAAGAAAGAAAGAAAGAAAGAAGAAAGAAAAACCUAUACAGGAAUAAUAGGGCUCUACGCCCGGCUGCUCUGCAGCUGGCUCGGGCCCUAAAGAAGAAGAAAGAAGAAUCCAUCAGGAAUAAUAGGGCUCUCGCAGCUGCUUAGCAGCUACGCUCGGGCCCUAAAGAAGAAUCCAUCAGGAAUAAUAGGGCUCUCGCAGCUGCUUAGCAGCUACGCUCGGGCCCUAAAGAAAGAACUAGGACCCCGUUGGGGCACUGGCGGGCCCGAGCCGUGUCGCGUCCCCCCCCCCCAACGUGCUGCCUCCCCGUCCCAUUUGUGUCCUCUGGCCAUCGCCCUCUCUGGUAACGCCCAUCACUGCAAAGACCCUUUUCCUUCAUCGGCGUUUGCUGUUCUUCCUGCCAGUGCGUGUUGCUUUCACUUACACUUGCCACAGCCAGCCUCGUGAGUGCCUAGCCUAUUGGAUAUCACUGUCACCUACACAGGACAGUCAUUACCUUUUUAUUAAUACUUUGUGUUUUAAUUUCACAUUAAUUUCCAUAUUGUAUAAACGACUGGAAAAAACUUGAGCCCCUGCCCCUGUAUAAUCAUGUGCAUGUCUCUGUUCUAGCUCCAAGGUGAAUCUUCACUGCUCAUGUUCUCCUCAGAAGCACUCACCUCACUCCCCUCAGGUUACUGUACACAUGCACCAACUGCCUGCUUCAGGUUUGGAUGGAGCUUCAUGGUUGUCUUUUGGAGAAAUGACCAGUCAAGUUGUGUUUGAAAUUUGAUUUUUUUCAGGGGCAAAAGGAGCCUCUGCAUUCUUGUCAAAUAUGUAAAUAGCAUGUUUUUGCAGGUGCUAAAAACCAGACUCUGAGUGUGUGUGUGUGUGUGUGUGUGUGUGUGUGUGUGUGUGUGUGUGUGUGUGUGUGUGUGUGCGUGUGUGUGUGUCUAUGUGUGCGUUCAAGUCACAUGACAUAUUUAACCUGAUGUAGCUGCAAGACGGAGCCUCGUUGACUCUCCGUUUCAACUUAUCUCAAAAGUGAGGACCUCAACCUAUAUACCAGUUUUUAAAUUGUGUUGAUAGGCCAAAUAAAACCAGAGUUAUGAUAAAUUAUGUCCGCGAUACUUUUUUUCUGCUUAUUUUGAUCACGUUCUGCGCUCGAUUGCGCUGUAUGAGACAGGAAAACAUAGCAUGCAGACAUUAGCGACAGGUCUUACAGGCGGAAAAGGCUUGCCAAAAGAAAAAAAAAACACACCACAACAUCUCUCCUAUUGGUGGAAAACUUCACCACAACAACCAAUCCAAAAUUAUAUGGUGACUGAUUGACAAGGGGCGGGCGCUUACGUUCUUCCUGCAACAUGAGAAGGGAGGGAGGGACUCUCAGCAGGGAUGCAGUCUGGGACACGUAGUUGCAAACCUAGCGACUUUGUUGUUAGAUUCAAUGACUUUUCAGACACCCUAACGACUUUUUUUUAGAAAGAAAGGGACUUUUAUCGACUUCUUCUGGAGUUUAGAGACUCUGACAUGAAGCAGGCUUUCCUUACUGAGGAGUUAGCAACGCUGCUAAGGGUGCAGAGCCACACAUGCGCUCAGAGCUCUGCAUGGGAGACUGAAGCUGACAGAGCUGCAGCAGUUAGCAGGUUUCACCCUCAGAGACCACCAGGGGUUCAUGUUGAGGCAUUUUAAUUUUUUUUUUUUUUGUGCCAUAGACACUGUCAGCAAAAUCUGCAGUUACACUAACAAAAAUGCUGCAAAAAACAAAGAAUUAUGGAAAAAUUACACAUGGACUGACAUAGAGGAGGAUCUACACAAGUUUUUUACAUCAUGUUUUACAUCAUGCAUCAUUUACAUCAUGUUUUUUUGUAGUGGCAUAAAUAAAAAGUGACAUUUGUGAGACUAUACAGUGUUUUGUAAAUAAUUUUACAAAGAACGCCUUGGCCAUUGCCUGCAUUUUGAUGUAAAUAGAGGUAAAUUACUAUGUUCUUUGUUAAAAAUUUGCAUAUGUUUUGAAGUUUACAAUUUUUAUUUGAAGUUUAAGUUUUAAAAACUGUUCAUCACACAUAUUUGUGGUUUAAUUUCACAUUAAUUUCCAUAUUGUAUAAAUGACUGGAAAAAACUUGAGCCCCUGCCCCUGUAUAAUCAUGUGCACGUCCCUGUUCUAGCUCCAAGGUGAAUCUUCACUGCUCAUGUUCUCCUCAGAAAUAGUCACCUCACUCCCCUCAGGUUACUGUACACAUGCACCAACUAUCUGCUUCAGGUUUGAAAUGGAGCUUCAUGGUUGUCUUUUGGAGAAAUGAACAGUCAAGUUGUGUUUGAAAUUUGAUUUUUUUCAGGGGCAAAAGGAAGCCUCUGCAUUCUUGUCAAAUAUGUAAACAGCAUGUUUUUGCAGGUGCUAAAAAACAGACUCUGAGUGUGUGUGUGUGUCUGUGUGUGUGUGUGUGUGUGUGUGUGUGUGUGUAUGUUGGCGUGUGUGUAUAUGUGUGUGUAUCCUGCAGUACUCUGUACUCCUGCAGUGGCCAAAAAGACUUUUAAGAAUGUGGAUUUUUGGGUCAUCUUUGGCGCCCCCUAGAACUGCAGUACUCUGUACUCCUGCAGUGGCCAAAAUGACUUUUAAGAAUGUGGAUUUUUGGGUCAUCUUUGGCGCCCCCUAGAACGUAAACCGUGGGGUGCAGCGUCAUGAUUUUUACAACUUUGAAUGGGCAUGGGGUGUAGAUUGCCCUGAGCAAAUUUGGUAUCGGUGGGACGAAAGCCUUAGGAGGAGAUAGCCACAUUCCAAUGUGUGCGAAUCGGCAAAAAAUGCAAAAUAGCCCUUUAACCGUACAUUAUACAGAUACGCGCUCUUUGACUUUUUCGUAGAUCUAAUUGAGAUACACAUGAUUGUCAAUUUUUGUGUCAAUAUGACAAAGCGUUCAGGCGUGACACUCAACAAUGUGUAUUUUUAUGUAAGGGGACAAGAAAAAAUUGACUUUUUUCUCCUACCAUGGGGGGGCGCUCUUUUGGGGAGUAAAAAUUCCUUCACAAAUGUGUUGAUGGCUGGACAUUGCAUCAUCCUAGUAAACUUGGAGGCCAGUGAGGACAAAAAUAAAAAGUUAUAAAACAUUUAAGAAUGUGGAUUUUUGGGUUAUUUUUGGCGCCCCCUAGAACCUAAACCAUGGGGUGCAGCAUCAUGAUUUGAAUAACUUUUAAUGGCCAUGGGGUGUAGAUUGGCCUGAGCAAAUGUGGUGCUGGUGGAACGAAAGCCUUCGGAGGAGUUAGCGAAAUUCCAAUGUGUGCGUAUCGGCAAAAAAUGCGGAAUAACCCUUUAACUGUACAUUUGACAGAUACGCGCGCAUGGACUUUUUUGUAGAUCUUAUUGAGUUACAUGUGUGUGUCAAUUUUUGUGUCAUUUUGACAAAGCGUAUAGGCGUGACACUCAACAAUGUGUAUUUUCACCUUAGGGGACAAGAAAAAAUGGACUUUUUUCUCCUGCCAUGGGGGGGCGCUCUUUUGGGGAGUAAAAAUUCCUUCACAAAUGUGUUGAUGGCUGGACAUUGCAUCAUCCUAGAAAACUUGGAGGCCAGUGAGGACAAAAAUAAAAAGUUAUAAGACUUUUAAAUAUGUGGAUUUUAGUGUUAUCUUUGGCGCCCCCUAGAACCUAAACCUUGGGGUGCAGCGUCAUGAUUUUGAUAACUUUUAAUGGCCACGGGGUGUAGAUUGGCCUGAGCAAAUGUGGUGCCGGUGGAACGAAAGCCUUCGGAGGAGUUAGCGAAAUUCCAAUGUGUGCGGAUCGGCAAAAAAUGCGAAAUAACCCUUUAACCGUAAUUUUGACAGAUACGGCCGCACUGACUUUUUUGUAGAUCUUAUUGAGAUACAUAUGUGUGUCAAUUUUUGUGUCAAUAUGACAAAGCGUACAGGCGUGACAGUCAAUAGUGUGAAUUUUCACCUUAGGGGGCGCUAUGGAGCCAUUUUGCAUUUUAUUGUUUGGGCGACUUCAGAAUAUCGAAUUUUUCACCAGGCCCGGUCGUCCUGCCAAAUUUCAUGAGUUUUCGCCAGUGGGAAGUGGGCCAUUUUCCAGUUCAAAGGGGAGGAAAAAGAAGAAAGAAAGAAAGAACUAGGGCCCCGUUGGGGCACUGGCGGGCCCGAGCCGUGUCGCGCCACCCCCAGCGCGACCGCCUACCCCUCCCGAUUGCGUCACACUCAAGGUCCAAAGAUGGUGUGCGCACUUGUCUGUGGUCAUUUACCAUUAUAAUGAAUGGGAGGCGCAGUUUCUACCAAAACGCUCGCUGCAGACAAACUCCAUGUCCUUUUUGAAAAAAGUCUGGACCAUGAGUGAGGGCACAAACACAGCUAGUAUAUAUCCAAAUGGCAAGUUGCUCCUCCUUUCGGUUUUGCCGAGAGAGCGAUGCGUUUGAGCCAUUGAGCGAUGGGCAGGAAAAACUUGACUUUUUCUCCUGCCAUGGGGGGGGCGCUCUUUUGGGGAGUAAAAAUUCCUUCACAAAUGUGUUGAUGGCUGGACAUUGCAUCAUCCUAGAGAACUUGGAGGCCAGUGAGGACAAAAAUAAAAAGUUAUAAGACUUUUAAGACUGUGGAUUUUUGGGUUAUCUUUGGCGCCCCCUAGAACGUAAACCGUGGGGUGCAGCGUCAUGAUUUGUACAACUUUGAAUGGACAUGGGGUGUAGAUUGACCUGAGCAAAUUUGAAGCCAAUGGGACAAAAGCUUUAGGAGGAGUUAGCCACAUUCCAAUGUGUGCGAAUCGGCAAAAAAUGCAAAAUAGCCCUUUAACCGUACAUUGAACAGAUACGCUCGCAUUGACUUUUUCGUAGAUCUUAUUGAGAUACAUGUGUGUGUCAAAUUUUGUGUCAUUUUGACAAAGCGUUAAGGCGUGACAGUCAACAAUGUGUAUUUUCGCCUUAGGAGACAAGAAAAAAUGGACUUUUUUCUCCUGCCAUGGGGGGGCGCUCUUUUGGCGAGUAAAAAUUCCUUCACAAAUGUGUUGAUGGCUGGACAUUGCAUCAUCCUAGAGAACUUGGAGGCCAGUGAGGACAAAAAUAAAAAGUUAUAAGACUUUUAAGACUGUGGAUAUUUGGGUUAUCUUUGGCGCCCCCUAGAACGUAAACCGUGGGGUGCAGCAUCAUGAUUUGUACAACUUUUAAUGGCCAUGGGGUGUAGAUUGGCCUGAGCAAAUGUGGUGCCGGUGGAACGAAAGCCUUCGGAGGAGUUAGCGAAAUUCCAAUGUGUGCGGAUCGGCAAAAAAUGCGAAAUAACCCUUUAACCGUACAUUUGACAGAUACGCCCGCACUGACUUUUUUGUAGAUCUUAUUGAGAUACAUGUGUGUGUCAAAUUUUGUGUCAUUUUGACAAAGCGUAAAGGUGUGACAGUCAAUAGUGUGAAUUUUUGCCUUAGGAGACAAGAAAAAAUGGACUUUUUUCUCCUGCCAUGGGGGGGCGCUCUUUUGGCGAGUAAAAAUUCCUUCACAAAUGUGUUGAUGGCUGGACAUUGCAUCAUCCUAGAAAACUUGGAGGCCAGUGAGGACAGAAAUAAAAAGUUAAGACUUGUAAGAAUGUGGAUUUUUGGGUUAUCUUUGGCGCCCCCUACAACGUAAACCGUGGGGUGCAGCGUCAUGAUUUGUACAACUUUGAAUGGCCAUGGGGUGUAGAUUGGCCUGAGCAAAUUUGGUGCCGGUGGAACGAAAGCUUUGGGAGGAGUUAGCCACAUUCCAAUGUGUGCGAAUCAACCAAAAAUGCGAAAUAGCCCUUUAACCGUACAUUUUGCAGACACGUGCGCAUUGACUUUUUCGUAGAUCUUAUUGAGAUACACGUGAUUAUCAAAUUUUGUUUCAAUAUGACAAAGCGUACAGGCGUGACACUCAACAAUGUGUAUUUUCACCUUAUAGGACAAGAAAAAAUGGCCUUUUUUCUCCUGCCAUGGGGGGGCGCUCUUUUGGGGAGUAAAAAUUCCUUCACAAAUGUGUUGAUGGCUGGACAUUGCAUCAUCCUAGAAAACUUGGAGGCCAGUGAGGACAAAAAUAAAAAGUUAUAAGACUUGUAAGAAUGUGGAUUUUUGGGUUAUCUUUGGCGCCCCCUACAACGUAAACCGUGGGGUGCAGCGUCAUGAUUUGUACAACUUUGAAUGGCCAUGGGGUGUAGAUUGGCCUGAGCAAAUUUGGUGCCGGUGGAACGAAAGCCUUCGGAGGAGUUAGCGAAAUUCCAAUGUGUGCGGAUCGGCAAAAAAUGCGAAAUAGCCCUUUAAACGUACAUUUGACAGAUACGCCCGCACUGACUUUUUUGUAGAUCUUAUUGAGAUACAUGUGUGUGUCAAAUUUUGUGUCAUUUUGACAAAGCGUACAGGCGUGACACUCAAUCAUGUGAAUUUUUCACCUUAGGGGGCGCUAUGGAGCCAUUUUGCAUUUGAUUGUUUGGGUGACUUCAGAAUAUCGAAUUUUUCACCAGGCCCAGUCGUCCUGCCAAAUUUCAUGAGUUUUCACCAGUGGGAAGUGGGCCAUUUUCCAGUUCAAAGGGGCAGAAAAAUAACUAGGACCCCGUUGGGGCACUGGCGGGCCCGAGCCGUGUCGCGUCCCCCCCCCCAACGUGCUGCCUCCCCGUCCCAUUUGUGUCCUCUGGCCAUCGCCCUCUCUGGUAACGCCCAUCACUGCAAAGACCCUUUUCCUUCAUCGGCGUUUGCUGUUCUUCCUGCCAGUGCGUGUUGCUUUCACUUACACUUGCCACAGCCAGCCUCGUGAGUGCCUAGCCUAUUGGAUAUCACUGUCACCUACACAGGACAGUCAUUACCUUUCUAUUAAUACUUUGUGUUUUAAUUUCACAUUAAUUUCCAUAUUGUAUAAACGACUGGAAAAAACUUGAGCCCCUGCCCCUGUAUAAUCAUGUGCAUGUCUCUGUUCUAGCUCCAAGGUGAAUCUUCACUGCUCAUGUUCUCCUCAGAAGCACUCACCUCACUCCCCUCAGGUUACUGUACACAUGCACCAACUGCCUGCUUCAGGUUUGGAUGGAGCUUCAUGGUUGUCUUUUGGAGAAAUGAGCAGUCAAGUUGUGUUUGAAAUUUGAUUUUUUUCAGGGGCAAAAGGAGCCUCUGCAUUCUUGUCAAAUAUGUAAAUAGCAUGUUUUUGCAGGUGCUAAAAACCAGACUCUGAGUGUGUGUGUGUGUGUGUGUGUGUGCGUGUCUGUGUGUGCGUUCAAGUCACAUGACAUAUUUAACCGGAUGUAGCUGCAAGACGGAGCCUUGUUGACUCUCCGUUUCAACUUAUCUCAAAAGUGAGGACCUCAACCUAUAUACCAGUUUUUAAAUUGUGUUGAUAGGCCAAAUAAAACCAGAGUUAUGAUAAAUUAUGUCCGCGAUACUUGUUUUCUGCUUAUUUUGAUCACGUUCGGCGCUCGAUCGCGCUGUAUGAGACAGGAAAACAUAGCAUGCAGACAUUAGCGACAGGUCUUACAGGCGGAAAAGGCUUGCCAAAAGAAAAAAAAACACACCACAACAUCUCUCCUAUUGGUGGAAAACUUCACCACAACAACCAAUCCAAAAUUAUAUGGUGACUGAUUGACAAGGGGCGGGCGCUUACGUUCUUCCUGCAACAUGAGAAGGGAGGGAGGGACUCUCAGCAGGGAUGCAGUCUGGGACACGUAGUUGCAAACCUAGCGACUUUGUUGUUAGAUUCAAUGACUUUUCAGACCCCCUAACGACUUUUUUUUAGAAAGAAAGGGACUUUUAUCGACUUCUUCUGGAGUUUAGAGACUCUGACAUGAAGCAGGCUUUCCUUACUGAGGAGUUAGCAACGCUGCUAAGGGUGCAGAGCCACACAUGCGCUCAGAGCUCUGCAUGGGAGACUGAAGCUGACAGAGCUGCAGCAGUUAGCAGGUUUCACCCUCAGAGACCACCAGGGGUUCAUGUUGAGGCAUUUUAAUUUUUUUUUUUUUGUGCCAUAGACACUGUCAGCACAAUCUGCAGUUACACUAACAAAAAUGCUGCAAAAAACAAAGAAUUAUGGAAAAAUUACACAUGGACUGACAUACAGGAGGAUCUACACAAGUUUUUUACAUCAUGUUUUACAUCAUGCAUCAUUUACAUCAUGUUUUUUUGUAGUGGCAUAAAUAAAAAGUGACAUUUGUGAGACUAUACAGUGUUUUGUAAAUAAUUUUACAAAGAACGCCUGGGCCAUUGCCUGCAUUUUGAUGUAAAUAGAGGUAAAUCACUAUGUUCUUUGUUAAAAAUUUGCAUAUGUUUUGAAGUUUACAAUUUUUAUUUGAAGUUUAAGUUUUAAAAACAGUUCAUCACACAUAUUUGUGGUUUUCACAGUAAAAAUGUUACUUUUUUCCACUCGGAUUUUAUGUUUUGUGUGUGAAUUUGGGUCCAUUGUGUAAAUUCAGUAUGUCAACAUGAUGAAAUAACUGUAAAUUCGCACAGGUGAGGUUGUGCUGAAAAAAAUGAUACCAGGCAAGGCACGUGAUUGUCAAAUUUUGUGUCAAUAUGACAAAGCGUAUAGGCGUGAAUCUCAACAAUAUGUAUUUUCACCUUAGGGGACAAGAAAAAAUGGACUUUUUUCUCCUGCCAUGGGGGGGCGCUCUUUUGGGGAGUAAAAAUUCCUUCACAAAUGUGUUGAUGGCUGGACAUUGCAUCAUCCUAGAAAACUUGGAGGCCAGUGAGGACAAAAAUAAAAAGUUAUAAGACUUUUAAAUAUGUGGAUUUUAGGGUUAUCUUUGGCGCCCCCUAGAACCUAAACCGUGGGGUGCAGCGUCAUGAUUUUGAUAACUUUUAAUGGCCAUGGGGUGUAGAUUGGCCUGAGCAAAUGUGGUGCCGGUGGAACGAAAGCCUUAGGAGGAGUUAGCCACAUUCCAAUGUGUGCGGAUCGGCAAAAAAUGCGGAAUAACCCUUUAACCGUACAUUUGACAGAUACGCGCGCAUUGACUUUUUCGUAGAUCUUAUUGAGUUACAUGUGUGUGUCAAUUUUUGUGUCAUUUUGACAAAGCGUAUAGGCGUGACACUCAACAAUGUGUAUUUUCACCUUAGGGGACAAGAAAAAAUGGACUUUUUUCUCCUGCCAUGGGGGGGCGCUCUUUUGGGGAGUAAAAAUUCCUUCACAAAUGUGUUGAUGGCUGGACAUUGCAUCAUCCUAGAAAACUUGGAGGCCAGUGAGGACAAAAAUAAAAAGUUAUAAGACUUUUAAAUAUGUGGAUUUUAGUGUUAUCUUUGGCGCCCCCUAGAACCUAAACCUUGGGGUGCAGCGUCAUGAUUUUGAUAACUUUUAAUGGCCACGGGGUGUAGAUUGGCCUGAGCAAAUGUGGUGCCGGUGGAACGAAAGCCUUCGGAGGAGUUAGCGAAAUUCCAAUGUGUGCAGAUCAGCAAAAAAUGCGAAAUAACCCUUUAACCGUAAUUUUGACAGAUACGGCCGCACUGACUUUUUUGUAGAUCUUAUUGAGAUACAUGUGUGUGUCAAUUUUUGUGUCAUUUUGACAAAGCGUACAGUCGUGACAGUGAAUAGUGUGAAUUUUCACCUUAGGGGGCGCUAUGGAGCCAUUUUGCAUUUUAUUGUUUUGGCGACUUCAGAAUAUCAAAUUUUUCACCAGGCCCGGUCGUCCUGCCAAAUUUCAUGAGUUUUCGCCAGUGGGAAGUGGGCCAUUUUCCAGUUCAAAGGGGAGGAAAAAGAAAAAAGAAAGAAAGAAACAAAGAAAAACCACUUGGGGAAUAAUAGGGCCUACGCCCGGCUGCUCUGCAGCUGGCUCGGGCCCUAAUAAUAAGAAGAAGAAGAAGAAAGAAGAAUCCAUCAGGAAUAAUAGGGCUCUCGCAGCUGCUUAGCAGCUACGCUCGGGCCCUAACUAGGACCCCGUUGGGGCACUGGCGGGCCCGAGCUGUGUCGCGUCCCCCCCCCCAAAGCGCUGCCUCCCCGUCCCAUUUGUGUCCUCUGGCCAUCGCCCUCUCUGGUAACGCCCAUCACUGCAAAGACCCUUUUCCUUCAUCGGCGUUUGCUGUUCUUCCUGCCAGUGCGUGUUGCUUUCACUUACACUUGCCACAGCCAGCCUCUUGAGUGCCUAGCCUAUUGGAUAUCACUGUCACCUACUCAGGACAGUCAUUACCUUUCUAUUAAUACUUUGUUUUUUAAUUUCACAUUAAUUUCCAUAUUGUAUAAACAACUGGAAAAAACUUGAGCCCCUGCCCCUGUAUAAUCAUGUGCACGUCUCUGUUCUAGCUCUAAGGUGAAUCUUCACUGCUCAUGUUCUCCUCAGAAGCAGUCACCUCACUCCCCUCAGGUUACUGUACACAUGCACCAACUGCCUGCUUCAGGUUUGGAUGGAGCUUCAUGGUUGUCUUUUGGAGAAAUGACCAGUCAAGUUGUGUUUGAAAUUUGAUUUUUUUCAGGGGCAAAAGGAGCCUCUGCAUUCUUGUCAAAUAUGUAAAUAGCAUGUUUUUGCAGGUGGUAAAAACCAGACUCUGAGUGUGUGUGUGUGCGUGUGUGUGUGUGUCUGUGUGUGUGUGUGUGUGUGUGUGUGUGUGUGUGCGUUCAAGUCACAUGACAUAUUUAACCGGAUGUAGCUGCAAGACGGAGCCUCGUUGACUCCGUUUCAACUUAUCUCAAAAGUGAGGACCUCAACCUAUAUACCAGUUUUUAAAUUGUGUUGAUAGGCCAAAUAAAACCAGAGUUAUGAUAAAUUAUGUCCGCGAUACUUGUUUUCUGCUUAUUUUGAUCACGUUCGGCGCUCGAUCGCGCUGUAUGAGACAGGAAAACAUAGCAUGCAGACAUUAGCGACAGGUCUUACAGGCGGAAAAGGCUUGCCAAAGAAAAAAAAAAACACACCACAACAUCUCUCCUAUUGGUGGAAAACUUCACCACAACAACCAAUCCAAAAUUAUAUGGUGACUGAUUGACAAGGGGCGGGCGCUUACGUUCUUCCUGCAAUAUGAGAAGGGAGGGACUCUCAGCAGGGAUGCAGUCUGGGACACGUAGUUGCAAACCUAGCGACUUUGUUGUUAGAUUCAAUGACUUUUCAGACCCCCUAACGACUUUUUUUUUAGAAAGAAAGUGACUUUUAUCGACUUCUUCUGGAGUUUAGAGACUCUGACAUGAAGCAGGCUUUCCUUACUGAGGAGUUAGCAACGCUGCUAAGGGUGCAGAGCCACACAUGCGCUCAGAGCUCUGCAUGGGAGACUGAAGCUGACAGAGCUGCAGCAGUUAGCAGGUUUCACCCUCAGAGACCACCAGGGGUUCAUGUUGAGGCAUUUUCAGUUUUUUUUUUUUUUUUGCCAUAGACACUGUCAGCACAAUCUGCAGUUACACUAACAAAAAAGCUGCAAAAAACAAAGAAUUAUGGAAAAAUUACACAUGGACUAACAUAGAGGAGGAUCUACACAAGUUUUUUACAUCAUGUUUUACAUCAUGCAUCAUUUACAUCAUGUUUUUUGUAGUGGCAUAAAUAAAAAGUGACAUUUGUGAGACUAUACAGUGUUUUGUAAAUAAUUUUACAAAGAACACCUGGGCCAUUGCCUGCAUUUUGAUGUAAAUAGAGGUAAAUUACUAUGUUCUUUGUUAAAAAUUUGCAUAUGUUUUGAAGUUUACAAUUUUUAUUUGAAGUUUAAGUUUUAAAAACAGUUCAUCACACAUAUUUGUUGUUUUCACAGUAAAAACGUUACUUUUUUCCACUCGGAUUUUAUGUUUUGUGUGUGAAUUUGGGUCCAAUGUGUAAAUAUAGUAUGUCAAAAUGAUAAAAUAACUGUAAAUUGACACAGGUGAGGUUGUGCUGAAAAAAAUGAUACCAGGCAAGGCAAGGUAAAAAUUUUGUAAGAGGAAAUAUAAAGGUAAAAUCUAAAGUAGUCAAAAACGGCCAAUAGUGACUCACAGACUCCACAGACAAGUCCCUUUGGCGCCACUCAGUGGGCAAAACUACUUUGUCUACUGUAAUGUAUAUUUGGGUCAUCUUUGGCGCCCCCUAAAACGUAAACCGUGGGGUGCAGCGUCAUGAUUUUUACAACUUUGAAUGGCCAUGGAGUGUAGAUUGGCCUGAGCAAAUUUGGUGUCAGUGGGACGAAAGCCUUAGGAGGAGUUAGCGAAAUUCCAAUGUGUGCGAAUCGGCAAAAAAUGCAAAAUAGCCCUUUUACCGUACAUUAUACAGAUACGCGCUCUUUGACUUUUUCGUAGAUCUAAUUGAGAUACACAUGAUUAUCAAUUUUUGUGUCAUUUUGCCAAAGCGUACAGGCGUGACAGUCAACAAUGUGUAUUUUCACCUUAGGGGACAAGAAAAAAUGGACUUUUUUCUCCUGCCAUGGGGGGCGCUCUUUUAGGGAGUAAAAAUUCCUUCACAAAUGUGUUGAUGGCUGGACAUUGCAUCAUCCUAGAAAACUUGGAGGCCAGUGAGGACAAAAAUAAAAAGUUAUAAGACUUUUAAAAAUGUGGAUUUUUGGGUUAUCUUUGGCGCCCCCUAGAACGUAAACCGUGGGGUGCAGCGUCAUGAUUUGAACAACUUUUAAUGGCCAUGGGGUGUAGAUUGGCCUGAGCAAAUGUGGUGCCGGUGGAACGAAAGCCUUCGGAGAAGUUAGCGAAAUUCCAAUGUGUGCGAAUCGGCAAAAAAUGCGGAAUAACCCUUUAACCGUACAUUUGACAGAUACGCGCGCAUGGACUUUUUUGUAGAUCUUAUUGAGAUACAUGUGUGUGUAAAUUUUUGUGUCAUUUUGACAAAGCGUACAGGCGUGACACUCAACAAUGUGUAUUUUCACCUUAGGGGACAAGAAAAAAUGGACUUUUUUCUCCUGCCAUGGGGGGCGCUCUUUUGGGGAGUAAAAAUUCCUUCACAAAUGUGUUGAUGGCUGGACAUUGCAUCAUCCUAGAAAACUUGGAGGCCAGUGAGGACAAAAAUAAAAAGUUAUAAGACUUUUAAAAAUGUGGAUUUUAGGGUUAUCUUUGGCGCCCCCUAGAACCUAAACCGUGGGGUGCAGCGUCAUGAUUUGAAUAACUUUUAAUGGCCAUGGGGUGUAGAUUGGCCUGAGCAAAUGUGGUGCCGGUGGAACGAAAGCCUUCGGAGGAGUUAGCGAAAUUCCAAUGUGUGCGGAUCGGCAAAAAAUGCGCAAUAACCCUUUAACCGUACAUUUGACAGAUACGCCCGCACUGACUUUUUUGUAGAUCUUAUUGAGAUACAUGUGUGUGUCAAUUUUUGUGUCAUUUUGACAAAGCGUACAGGCGUGACAGUCAAUAGUGUGAAUUUUCACCUUAGGGGGCGCUAUGGAGCCAUUUUGCAUUUUCUUGUUUGGGCGACUUCGGAAUAUCAAAUUUUUCACCAGGCCCGGUCGUCCUGCCAAAUUUCAUGAGUUUUCGCCAGUGGGAAGUGGGCCAUUUUCCAGUUCAAAGGGGAGGAAAAAGAAGAAAGAAAGAAAGAACUAGGGCCCCGUUGGGGCACUGGCGGGCCCGAGCCGUGUCACGCCGCCCCCAGCACUACCGCCUCCCCCACCCGAUCGCGUCACAAUCAAGGUCCAAAGAUGGUGUGCGCACUUGUUUGUGGUCAUUUACCAUUAUAAUGAACGGGAGGCGCAGUUUCUACCAAAACGCUCGCUGCAGAAAAACUCCAUGUCCUAUUUGAAAAAAGUCUGGACCAUGAGUGAGGGCACAAACACAGCUAAGAUAUAUCCAAAUGGCAAGUUGCUCCUCCUUUCGCUUUUGCCGAGAGAGCAGUGCGUUUGAGCCAUUGAAUGAUGAACAGGAAAAACUUGACUUUAUUCUCCUGCCAUGGGGGGGCGCUCUUUUAACGAGAAAAAACUCCUUCACAAAUGUGUUGAUGGCUGGACAUUGCAUCAUCCUAGAAAACAUGGAGGCCAGUGAGGACAAAAAUAAAAAGUUAUAAGACUUUUAAAUAUGUGGAUUUUAGGGUUUUCUUUGGCGCCCCCUAGAACCUAAACCGUGGGGUGCAGCGUCAUGAUUUGAAUAACUUUUAAUGGCCAUGGGGUGAAGAUUGGCCUGAGCAAAUGUGGUGCCGGUGGAACGAAAGCCUUUGGAGGAGUUAGCGAAAUUCCAAUGUGUGCGAAUCUGCAAAAAAUGCGAAAUAACCCUUUAACCGUACAUUUUACAGAUACGUGGCCAUUGACUUUUUCGAAGAUCUUAUUGAAAGACACGUGUAUGUAAAAUUUUGUGUCAAUAUGACAAAACAUACAGGCGUAGCACUCAACAAUGUGUAUUUUCACCUUAGUGGACAAGAAAAAAUGGACUUUUUUCUCCUGCCAUGGGGGGGCGCUCUUUUGGCGAGUAAAAAUUCCUUCACAAAUGUGUUGAUGGCUGGACAUUGCAUCAUCCUAGAAAACUUGGAGGCCAGUGGGGACAAAAAUAAAAAGUUAUAAGACUUUUAAAUAUGUGGAUUUUAGUGUUAUCUUUGGCGCCCCCUAGAACCUAAACCGUGGGGUGCAGCGUCAUGAUUUGAAUAACUUUUAAUGGCCAUGGGGUGUAGAUUGGCCUGAGAAAAUGUGGUGCCGGUGGAACGAAAGCCUUCGGAGGAGUUAGCGAAAUUCCAAUGUGUGCGGAUCGGCAAAAAAUGCGGAAUAACCCUUUAACCGUACAUUUGACAGAUACGUGCGCAUUGACUUUUUCGUAGAUCUUAUUGAGAUACAUGUGUGUCUCAAUUUUGGUGUCAUUUUGCCAAAGCGUACAGGUGUUACACUCAACAAUGUGUAUUUUCACCUUAGGGGACAAGAAAAAAUGGACUUUUUUCUCCUGCCAUGGGGGGGCGCUCUUUUGGGGAGUAAAAAUUCCUUCACAAAUGUGUUGAUGGCUGGACAUUGCAUCAUCCUAGAAAACUUGGAGGCCAGUGAGGGCAAAAAUAAAAAGUUAUAAGACUUUUAAAUAUGUGGAUCUUAGGGUUAUCUUUGGCGCCCCCUAGAACCUAAACCGUGGGGUGCAGCGUCAUGAUUUGAAUAACUUUUUAUGGCCAUGGGGUGUAGAUUGUCCUGAGCAAAUGUGGUGCCGGUGGAACGAAAGCCUUCGGAGGAGUUAGCGAAAUUCCAAUGUGUGCGGAUCGGCAAAAAAUGCGAAAUAACCCUUUAACCGUACAUUUGACAGAUACGCCCGCACUGACUUUUUUGUAGAUCUUAUUGAGAUACAUGUGUGUGUCAAUUUUUGUGUCAUUUUGACAAAGCGUACAGGCGUGACAGUCAAUAGUGUGAAUUUUCACCUUAGGGGGCGCUAUGGAGCCAUUUUGCAUUUUCUUGUUUGGGCGACUUCGGAAUAUCAAAUUUUUCACCAGGCCCGGUCGUCCUGCCAAAUUUCUGGAGUUUUCGCCAGUGGGAAGUGGGCCAUUUUCCAGUUCAAAGGGGAGGAAAAAUAAUAAUAAUAAUAACAAAAGAAGGAAACAUGCAGGAACAAGAGGGCUCUCGCAGCUGCUUAGCAGCUACGCUCGGGCCCUAAAGAAACAAAGAAAAACCACUUGGGGAAUAAUAGGGCCUACGCCCGGCUGCUCUGCAGCUGGCUCGGGCCCUAAAAAGAAGGAAACAUGCAGGAACAAGAGGGCUCUCGCAGCUGCUUAGCAGCUACGCUCGGGCCCUAAAGAAAGAAACAAAGAAAAACCUCUUGGGGAAUAAUAGGGCCUACGCCCGGCUGCUCUGCAGCUGGCUCGGGCCCUAAAGAAGAAUCCAUCAGGAACAAGAGGGCUCUCGCAGCUGCUUAGCAGCUACGCUCGGGCCCUAAAGAAAGAAACAAAGAAAAACCACUUGGGGAAUAAUAGGGCCUACGCCCGGCUGCUCUGCAGCUGGCUCGGGCCCUAAAAAGAAACAAAGAAAAACCACUUGGGGAAUAAUAGGGCUCUCGCAGCUGCUUAGCAGCUACGCUCGGGCCCUAAUAAUAAUAAUAAUAAUAAAGAAAAACGAAUAAUCAAUUGAACACUAAAGAAAAUAAGAUAAAAUAAUAAUUAGAAGUAGUAGUAAUAAUAAUAGUUAUUAUAAUGCUUUUGCGACAUUACCUGUGAGGUUGGGGGUCCGGGCUCACAAGCAAUAAGGUAAAGGCUCCGAGGAGAUCUCUGUGUCUUCUAAUGCUAUUUGAAAGUAUCAUUUUUGCCACAGUGUCAACAGUAGGCUGAUUAACUUUUAGUGUGGACUGAACUUUUCUCAUUCAUUGAUUUGGGAUGAUGUUACCCUUGCUGUUCACAAUUGAUAACCAUUAUUGAGGGGUUUUGAGCAUCAGAAACAUGUAUUUAACACAGAUGGGUGAUUAUGAAGAAACCUGAAUGAUAAAACCAGCCUUGUUGAUUUCUUUUAUAAAGUCUGUGGUGGAAAACUGUGAAGAUAUUUUUUCAUGCCUAUGUCCUCCUCAACUCUUCUUCCUUUCCCCAGUGUCAUCAAAUGAACCACAUCUGCGCUGCUCAAAGAACAACAUCCCCAAAGCCAGAAUGAGGACUCUAAAAAUGAGUAUUGUCAUUGUGAUCUGCUUCAUAGGCUGCUGGACUCCAUACUACCUACUGGGUUUAUGGUACUGGUUCUUCCCAGAUGAUAUAGAGGGGAAAGUCUCCCACUCUCUUACCCACAUCCUGUUCAUCUUUGGGCUAUUCAACACCUGCCUGGACCCGGUCAUCUAUGGCCUGUUCACUGUUCGCUUUCGUAAGAGCUGCAACAGCAAAGCUCCAGUAAGGUCAAAUCUGCAAACAAACAGUGUGGUAAUAGAGUCUCUGAAAUGUACUCAAACUGCUUUGCAUGCUAAAAAAGAGGUGACUGCUGCUGGAAAAGACAGCAUCUGUGCAGAGACUUAGGCAAACCCCUUGGACCUUAAACCUCUGACUGUGCUGAAGCGAGGAGGAGAAAAGUCUGAACUUUUCAGCCCUGAAAGCAAAGCAUGAUAGAAAAGUAUGAUUUUCCAGUUUUACAAUGUUACUUCAACUGUCUGGAUUGUCAAGCAUCUGAAGAACAAGAUGUCUGAGUGUGUCCACCUUAACUCAAGCUUAUCAUCCUUAUCUCCUUACCAUAUGGUUUAACAAAAAGAUAACAUCUCCACUGCCUUAAGGGAUUUUACUUCCCAGGUUAUACAACAGCUUUAUGAACACGGUAAACAUGUUUAGAGCUGUUUGUGUGUUGUGUAACUGGCUCUCAUUUUAAGGUGAGUCUGCAAUCUGCAACAUGAAUUCAAAAAAGCUUUAGGACUUCAGGAAAAAAGAGGGUUGAGAUCUCUUUCAUAGUUUUGACUCGAUGCUAGAUUCAGUUUUCUCUCGGUUCAUUUGAGCUUUGUAAACUGACUUUUUUUCAGUGGGGUUGCAUGAGGCAUUUGUCAACAGUUAGUGUAUUUUGGUAUCCUCGUCUGCUCAGCCCAUUUGAUGAGAAAUUGGGAAAUGAAACUGACAUGGGAACUAGGCAAUCAACUACUGCAGACCAGGUCAACUCUAUCAAAUAAUUAAACCGAUUUGUAAAAAAAAAAAGAAACUCCAUCAAAAAAAUAAACUAAGUGCUUACAACAGUCUAAAAUUCUCAGGGCUUUGCUCUGCAGCUAAGAUAUCACUCAUACCUCCUUAGUCAACAUUUUGAUUACUUUAACUGGUUGUAAUUAGGCUUUUUAACAUUUUGGUAAUAAAAAGUAUCUUCAUUAAAAAGUAUAUGACAUAGUUGAAUUUUCUGGGUCUGUGGGUGAAGACAAAAAAUCUUGAAUUGAAUGUGAUCCUUUUUAUUUACAACAAAACAGAAUAUAGAAAGCACAAGUAAACAUGUAAAGUUAACAACAGAGGUAACUAAUUUAACACAUUCAAUACCAGCCUGGCAUUGACAGAGUGAUUCACUUUGGUGAAUGGGUCUGAAACCAGCUCCAUCUGUUUUUCAGAGGAGCAUUAGAAACACUUGUUGUUUGUUCUUGUUAGGACCACAGGGCAAAUGCACCAAGACACAGUUGAUAAACUGUGGAUUUUUCUCAUUCCUCUUCCAGCCAAAUUUUAAUUCUCUUCUAAUCCUACAGCAUGAGGAGCUGUAGGCCAAAUUAUAUAUCAAAAUGUGUGUUUUGAUCAGGAGCGGUGUGUUAUUACUAAUCUCUAUUGUGUAGAACUUUUUUGCGACAUAAGUUGUGGAAAACUGUGGAAAAAUUUUGCUCUGAAAUCAAUGAGACAAGCCCCUCAAAAAGAGAGGAAUCAUUGGAGUUUUUUUUUAAACAUCUACUGCUCUGGCUCGUUUUUUUAAUCAAUAAAUAAAUAAUUGAAAAAGGAAUGUUUGUUGUCAGUGAGCUCCUUGUAUGUAAUAUCACAAUGCUACUAGUAUUGAAUAUUUGAAAUAUCUGAAGAAUCUCAGCACAACAUACACACCCUGGCAGAAGACCCUGUGAUCCUUAAAGAUUUCCCCAGAGUGAAAUUUCUAGUUUUCAGUAUGUCAUCUGGUAUGUUUGCAAAAACAACCAAAACAGAUUUAAAUGACCUUAUAGUGCCAGAGGCUGCCAUCUUGGUUGUUUACAACUGUGCUGAAGCAGUGCUCCUGCGUUGUCAUCUUAGAUGACUAUGAUUGGUUGGCUAUAUCUGUGCUUAAUGCUUAGAUUGGCAGCAGCUCCAGACUCAGAGCUGGCUGAUUGGGCUGGCAAGGCAAAGUUGAUAUACUUUUUCUACGACUAAAAGUAGAAAUAGUGUGGCGCUUUGAUUUUGUUGUCCCAAGUUGGUGCACAAAGGUUUGUCCAAAAAAUGGGCUUCCUUAUCUCUGUAACCAGGCUCCAUCUGCUUUAGGAUUGGUUGUAGCUGUAGCUGACAGAUUAGCAUCCCUUGAGCAGCCAAUGAUAAAUUAAACAAUCGAAGUGCAGCUGUUUCUCUCUGUUUACUCCCAUGCUGCUCUGUCCUCCAUGUGCACAGCUCAACAAAAUAUGAAAUGGACCUACAUAGUGCGCUAGCCUACUGUGACCAGAAAGGUAACAGCUGCUGGGCUAACUGUUAAAUCAGCUUAUGGUUUCUCUCCUAUAUGUGUGAUUACUAUCAAACUCAAGACUGACUGGCUUUCACAAGCCUGACUGUUGGCUCUCAGCUAAUAAGCUGAUAUAUUAGGCUAGUUUUUUGGGCCACAACUUUUGACUUAAAAAUGAAUCACUGCUGACAUUUGUUUUAAAUUGUUUGUAUUACUUCCCAGCUGGAGGGUAAAACAUAUUCACUGCUCACCGAUGCUUCUCAGUCCUGUCCUUUCCAGUUAUGUUCCUAAAGUGAGAGGUCGGCACAUUGUUUUAUGACCGUAUCACCACAUAGACCUCCUAUCAACAUUUAUCUGAGUCCAGCUGCUCGAGAAACAGAUGUACACACCUAUGGCUGACUCAAGGUCAGCUGAGAAAGACUCAGUGUGCUUUGGGUUUCCUUGGGGAGCUACGUGUCAAAGUACAUAAAAAAAUGAAGGACACAGAUGUAGCCACAUGGGUGGAGGCACAUGACUGGACGCUGUUGGGUUGCUGUUGGCUUUUACUCAUUCCGAGAAGAAGAAGAAGAAGAAGAAGAAGAAGAAGAAGAAGAAGAAGAAGAAGAAGAAGAAGAAGAAGAAGAAGAAAAGGUAAAAGAUAAUGUGUGGUUCUUAAAAGAGACUCAAAACUGUCUCACUCCUUACUGAUUGCUCUCCCGUUUGAUAUGUGUGAGCAGGCUUUGUGUUCACUGACAUCAAUAAAUGCUUUUAGCUGGAUCUUUCUGGAGCCAGAGUCUGCAUGCUGGGGAUCAACUCACAUUACUACAGUAUUGACGUCUUACAGUCUCAUCCAGAAAACAAACAAAUAAAUGACCAAC